AUGACCGACGGAGCCGGUAUACGGGCCUUGAUUGUACUCCCAUAUCCCGCAAUCUCCCGACAUGCUCCUUUACGCAACGGAAACUACUUUGUACUGUUUGCAAGCCAACUGCCUGUCAAUGGCAACUGCCCACCCCAGAAGCUCAUCCGCUACAGCCGAGGCGGCGGUAAGGACGAGGAGAUAUACGUGUGCAAGGACGGCAAUGCCGCACAGCAGUCAACAGACAGGGAGCAAGGCAGUAACGAAAGGCUGCCGCCUGCGAGGAUCCUUCUGAAGUGA